UGUCAAUCAAGCCUUGCAGCCAUCCAUCCGUCCAGUCGCGCACCGGAGCAUCUUUUAUAUCACUAGCACACAGCCAGUCGAGCCGACAUGCCGCCGGAAAAUCACAUCACUCAUCAUCAAUGAAGCUGCUGCUGGCAUGUGCCUUCACGACAGACUGGCGUCAUAUGUGAGAUAUCCAAAGCCAUACAUCGUCUUCGGAGAACCCGCACAUGUCGCGACUGCUGGCGAUCGCCACUGACUCUGCUCGCCAGUGCACAAUAACCACGAGACUCGCUUGUGCCCACGAGCGUCCAUUCCAUUACCCCCAACAGUGUAAGAAAGGUAGUAUUCAAGGCUGAUUCGCUGGAAACAUGGCUCUCGAGGGCAAGGUCUUUGCCGUCACCGGCGGCGCCAGCGGCAUCGGUCUCGCGACGUCCAAGCUCCUUCUCGAGCGCGGCGCAACCGUCUGCGUCGCCGACGUGGACGAUGCCAGCCUCGCCGCCGCAGAGGCACUCUUCACGGCUCAAAUCUCUCAUCAAAGCCAACCUCCUUCUUCUUCCCAACCACGGCAGCAACCCUUCGCGGCGGCCGCCUCCGAGCCCCCCACCGGCAGCGAAGCAGCAGGCAGUGACGAUGGCGCGAAGCCCAGGUUCGCAGUCGCGCGCGUCGACGUCACGCAGCGCGCGCAGGUCGACGCCUGGAUCGCGGGAGUCGUGGAGCGGUUCGGGCGGCUCGACGGCGCGGCCAACAUCGCGGGCGUCAUCGGACGGUACCACUCCGUGGGCUCCGUCGCCGGCACGGACGACGACGAGGAGUGGCACCGCCUCAUCGCCGUGAACCUCACCGGGUGCAUGUACUGCCUGCGCGCGGAGCUCAAGUGCGUCGCCGACGGCGGUUCCAUCGUCAACAUGGCGAGCAUACAUGGCACAAACGCCAUGGCCCUCCACGGAGCAUACGGGGCCAGCAAACACGGCGUCGUUGGUCUCACCCGCGCCGCAGCCAAGGAGGUCGGAGACCGUGAGAUCCGGGUCAAUGCCGUCGCCCCGGGAGCCAUCUACACGCCAAUGAUGGAGCGAGCCUGGGCUCAGACCGGGCGCCCCGCCGACGCACCGUUUGACGAGUCCACGGCUUUUCGACGCUACGGGAAACCAGAGGAGGUCGCCGCCGUAGUCGCCUUUCUUCUCGGACCCGAAAGCACCUUCGUGAGCGGCAGCGUUUACGCCGUCGACGGUGCGUGGAUCUGACACGACACGGCCAACCAUCAAGGCAGCGAAGAGACUUUCUAUACGUGCAAUGCCUGUAAAUUUGUCUGCUCCAACUGAAAACUCUGCUCUUUGAAGUUCAGUCAUAAACACCAUACCCAUCUAUAGUUUUUUCGUGACACCAUAUGCAACCAACAAGAGACCGAACCCGCUCAGCCCACCCAUCGUCGGGCGCUGCGGAAGAUGCGCACCCACGGCCCAAACUCAC